GUAGCGGUGCGCCUGACCCCUAACCUUUGACCCCGACCCGGGGCCUGCGCGACCCUCGCUGUUCCCCCAGGCGUGUCCGCCGCAGCUCGGAUUCCGAGCCCGAGAGCCUGGCUUCCGGACUUUGCGUGGACAGGUGCCACCGCCUGCAGGAUUCUCUGUUCAGCUCUGACAGUGGCUUCAACAACUACCGUGGCAUCCUGAAUUGGUGUGUGGUGAUGCUGGUAAGUAGGGUGGCAUCUUGGAGCAGGUGUCCCUGUGGCCAGGCGGGGCACGAGCUCUGCCCCCUGGGGCGGGUGGCCAGAGCUUUUGUGGCUGGGCUGAGUGGAGGGGGAUCGUGGUGGCGGUGCCUGCAGCGGCCGUAUACUGGGCUCCCGGAGGGCACACACUCAACCCUUGUCCCUGUUGAAUCCCAGGAGACGCCUGCAGGGCUAGCGUGGGAGCCUUUGUGCCGUGGGCUGUGCCCGAGGGGCUGGGGUCUCCUGAGGGGCUUCUCUGGCUUGGCGUGGGGGCAGGAAGGAGUAGAUGGGCUGGUGGGCCUUGGGGCUGUGGAAGGGGUGCUGUGGGCGCAGGGCCUCCUGGCAGCGCGUGUGAGUGGUCUUGGGGCUCCGCGAAGAGUUUCCUCUUCUGUUCCAAAUGGCCCUCAUGGGCGUGGAGCCCCCGGGCAGGCCUGGACUUGGAGGAGCAGGGGUGAGAAUACGGUUCUAGCCCCGGGCUCCCCUCCCUCAGUCUCAGGAGGGUGAGAGUGGGGAGCCCCGCGCCUGCCUCGCUCUGCGGCCUGGUCGAGGCCACUGCUUCAGGGGCCCCGCUCCUCCGGCAUUUGGCAGCUAGAGUCCAGCGCUCCAGGGUACAGCCUUCGGGCGGGGCAGGGGGCAGGGGCCUCUCUGGGCUCUGCCCCCGCCACUCAGGGCUGACGUGGCACAUCACCCUUGACCCUCCACCCGACGUGUCUGCCUGUCUUGGGCGUGGCUCCCGCGGCUGCCCGUGUGCAAGGGGCUCCCGCACCUUCCCUGCCUGUGGCCCCAGGAGGCUCCCUGGGGAGCUGUGGGGCACCAUGCAGCCUGGUGGGUGAGAAGCUGGCUGGGCAAGGGGAGGGCGGGCCAUUGGCCAGCCCAGACCCAGGAGAUGACGUGUCCCUGGUCUCUGGAGGCCGUUGCCGGCCGAGGCUGGGUUUGUGAAGAGGGGGUCGUGUGGGGCGGGCCCUCAGCUGCCUGGGCGGCACUGUCUGCUCCCCUGCAGCCCCUGGGCCUGCCUGGCCCUUUGGUGUCGCCCCAAAGCCUUCCCCCUGCUUCUGGUACCUCUGCCACACCCUUCCUGUAGGAGAUGCGCAUCCCGCGCUGCGUCCCCUCUGCAGCCUGGGCCUCCAGGUGGGUGCUGCCUGUUUGCAGCUCCAGCUCUCGCCUGCUGUGAGCUCUCAGGACAGGCCACCGCCAGGUGGGGUGACACUGUAGGACCGCGUGUGUCCUGGUAAGCUGGCCGCUCAGGCGUGUGACUGGGAGAGGGUGUGGCAGCUGGCCCCUGCAUCUCUGAGCUUGUUCACCUCCUCGUGAACCUUGCCAGGUAAGGGACCCCACCAGUGUCCCCUGGAGAGGCAUCACUUUUCUGCGGACCCUUCCGUAACCUGCACGGGGCCUGUGCCUUGUGGGGUGAGGGAGCAGGUCCCCGUCCCUGCAGAGGAAAGCCAGGCCCCCAGCCACCGGCUAAGGCAAGAGCUUGUUGUGAUGGGGCUCCAUCCUCAGCUGCUGUUGCCGCAGGAAUGGCCGAGGCGGGCAGGGGCGUGAGUCACAGUGUGGCGUUCCAGGCCCAGCUUCCCCCGGCCCCUCAGGACUCUGGCCCACAGGGCAUGGGCACUCCCGGUGCAGCGCCUGCCACACAGCCGGGGCCUGACUGGCAGGGCGGCGCCCUGGGCGUGGGUCGUGGCUCCAUCCGGCAGGCUUGGACUUUGGGACUGUUGCUGUGGCCUUGGGGCCCUCACCAGCUCGGUGGGAUGGGUGCGGGCUGCUGGGCGGCGUGGGUCUCUGUCUGCUGCUGAAGACACAGGCAUCUGGGAGAUGCCUGGUGUCGGGGCGGCUCCUGUUGGCGUGCCGGGGGCAGUGCCGAGGGGCUUCCCGCCCCUGCGCUGGCGUCUGCGGGGUGGCUGGCGAGUCUUGGAGCUUGGCGUGAGGUCAGGCAGGGCUGGGCCUGCAGGGUGGAGGCUGCUGCUGGGACCCAGGGGUGCCGGGAGGAGCUGGGGUGGCUGCUCCGGGGCCAGAGGUGACGGAGUCGUGUCCCCCUCUCUCUCGCAGGUCUUGAGCAACGCACGGUUAUUUUUAGAGAACCUCAUCAAGUACGGCAUCCUGGUGGAUCCCAUCCAGGUGGUGUCUCUGUUUCUGAAGGACCCCUACAGCUGGCCCGCCCUGUGCCUGGUCAUUGUGGCCAACGUCUUUGCCGUGGCUGCGUUCCAGGUGGAGAAGCGCCUGGCUGUGGGUGCCCUGACGGAGCCAGCAGGGCUGCUGCUGCACGUGCUCAACUUGGCCACUAUUCUCUGCUUCCCGGCGGCUGUGGCCUUACUGCUUGAGUCCAUCACUCCAGUGGGCUCCGUGCUGGCUCUGAUGGCGUACACCAUCCUCUUCCUCAAGCUGUUCUCCUAUCGGGACGUCAACCUGUGGUGCCGACAGCAGCGCAGGGCUAGGGCCAAGGCCAAGGCUGCUGCUGCGGGUAAGAAGGCCAACGGGGGAGCCGCCCAGUGCACCGUGAGCUACCCUGACAACCUGACUUACCGAGAUUUGUACUACUUCCUCUUUGCCCCCACCCUGUGUUACGAGCUCAACUUCCCCCGCUCCGCCCGCAUCCGAAAGCGUUUCCUGCUGCGUCGGCUCCUUGAGAUGCUGUUCCUCACGCAGCUCAUGGUGGGGCUGAUUCAGCAGUGGAUGGUCCCCACCAUCCAGAACUCCAUGAAGCCCUUCAAGGACAUGGACCACUCCCGCAUCAUCGAGCGCCUCCUGAAGCUGGCGGUCCCCAACCACCUCAUCUGGCUCAUCUUCUUCUACUGGCUGUUCCACUCCUGCCUUAACGCCGUGGCCGAGCUCAUGCACUUCGGAGACCGGGAGUUCUAUCGGGACUGGUGGAACUCUGAGUCCGUCACCUACUUUUGGCAGAACUGGAACAUCCCCGUACACAAGUGGUGCCUAAGACACUUCUACAAGCCCAUGCUCCGGAAGGGCAGCAGCAAGUGGGUAGCCAGGACGGGGGUGUUCCUGGCUUCGGCCUUCUUCCACGAGUACCUGGUGAGCGUCCCUCUGCGCAUGUUCCGCCUCUGGGCCUUCACGGGCAUGAUGGCUCAGAUCCCACUGGCCUGGAUAGUGGGCCGCUUCUUCCGCGGCAACUACGGCAACGCGGCCGUGUGGCUGACCAUCAUCAUCGGGCAGCCGGUGGCGGUGCUCAUGUACGUCCACGACUACUACGUGCUCAACCACGAGGCCCCGACGGCCGCGGCCUGAGCCGCUCCGGGCCGGCCCUCCCUGCUGCGGCUGCCCGCCUUGCCUCACUGCCCGUGGCUGGAGCCGGCCCCCCACCUGUGUGCUGGGGAGAGGCCUGGCUGCUCGAUGCUGCCUCUCUGCCCCUAUGGGGCACCCUCCUGCCCCCUCAGGGACGGCAGACUGGGCCCGUGGGAGGUGCCAGCACUCGGGAGCUGUGCCGAUCCUGCCCAGGGGUCUGAAUGUGUCAAUAAAGCGCUGUCCACAGUGAGCUCCCUCA